GUUGAAAUUAUUUAGGUUGAAAAUUGUCUUCUUUCUGUCUCAUUUCUCUGUCUUUUUCUCUAUCGUAAACCGUAAUAUCCUUUCUUCUUUUUUUCGUCUACAUUUUGGCCUAAUUGUACAGUAAGUCACACAGUUAUGUCCGUUACUUUUUAUAUCAUUUUAUUCUCGCGUAAUGUCCUUCGAUACGGGUUCUAAUAUUUUUCCGUAAAGGAAUAUCCGAUAUUAAUGUUAUUAACUAGCCAGUAAUCGUUCAGCUGCGUAUUUGCGACAAUUUUAUCUAUAUGUUGUGGAAAUUAUAAACCGAGACUAACCGAUAGUACAUAAUGCAUGUUGCUGAUAAAGUCAUUUAUCAAUACCCUUCUAAAUGUGGAUGAAGUGAUUCACUGGUAUGACUCGCAAAUAUUUAUGCGUCUUUAUAAUGUUAUUCGCACAUUGAGUAGUAAACCCAGUAAACCGACAAGUGCACACAAUGAAGGGAUUAGUGCUUGGGGUAUACGAGACGGAAGGCCAAGAUGGUGUUAGGCUAACACCUACAGCUGUACAAUAUAACGAACUUGUGAAUGGAAAGUUACUGGAAAACAUUUCUCUGAAGGGAUAGGCUGUGUUGGCGUUUACCCAAAAAAAUGAGCUACGUCGAUUUGUUAACGGAUCAAGAAUUAAAACGAAUAGUAAUAUUUUCAUAACCGGCCAACAUUUCACUUCGUCAUAUCAAAUUUUUCACCAAUCAUUCGAUUCGACGUCUUAAAACAACUGUUACAGCCUUCACUCAAGUACCGAAUAAGAAGAUCCUAAACACACUCACUAAAAUUUCACUAUAAACACAGAUAUUAGACUCCACUACAUAAUUUAAGAGCAGAAUACAACAAUGUCUGUUGGUGACAGUGGCGAACUUGAAAGCAGCGGUGUGGGUGUUAGCUCAGGUAACGAGGCUUCGCCAUUAUCCACCACUCGACGUGCGCAAAGUGUUAAACGUUUAUUGCAAUCUGCGAAUGUACUCCAAGGUAUCAGUGGUACCCUUGAAGACAAAAAUAAUGAUUAUCUAUGCCCCAUAUGUAUCGAAGUGAUGAAUGAACCACACAUCACUCGAUGCGGUCACACAUUUUGCUACCCAUGUAUUAUCAAUUCGCUCGAAGUCAAUGGCCGCUGCCCGAAAUGUAGUUUCACACUGACCCAGCAGGAUAUAUUUCCUAAUUUCGUAUUGAACGAUUUGAUCGCAAAGUAUAAAAUGCGAAUGAAAGGCCCUGGUGAUUCGGGAAGCGGUACAGGAAGUACCAGAGUUGGAGGUCUUUCUCAAACAGAAAUCGAUAUGCUCAUUCCAGUAUGUGAUGGACUGAGAGGCUUUGUAGCAGCGGAAAGUGCUAAUUUAACUUUACCAGAUGUAAAUGUAAUGCUGGAGGUCCUUAUGCAGAGGAAAAAUUUACUCGAAGCCGAAUCCUGCGCGACUCAAAAUAAAUUGCUUCACGAAUUUCUGAGACAUUUGCUCAGGCACAAAGAGGACCAAAGAAAUCAGUUGGCGAAGGAAGUCGCUUUGAUCAAGCGUGACAUUGAGGAAGUUGAAAAUAUUUUAAAAGAAGUUCAGAGCAAAUGCCCUCGUGUUGAGGAUUUGAAAAAAUCUAGCGAAACUGAUACUGCACAAGUUUCGGCUAUCAAGCGAGAAAUGAUCGAGCUAAUUGAUAUCAUAGACUCAAACAUGGUUAAGGAUGGAGACCUAAAUCCACCGGAUUCGUGCAAUAACGAUCUUUUUGCUUCAGCCAUGAUACAGAAACAAAACUGUGCCACUUCAAUCUUGGCAAUUCGCCGGAAGAGAAUGCAUGCACAUUUUGACGAAUUUGUUCAAUGCUACGCUGACACUCGUAUCAAAGAUCUACUUUUUGAACAGUCCGAAAAGGUCCAGCACCAAACAGAAACGGAACCAGGAACUAGUUCUGGAUUAGAUGUAUUCAGGGAUAAUUUAGUUAAGUUUUUAAGGUAUAACUCUCUGCGAACAUUAGCUACAUUGAAUUAUUCAUCGGAUGUGUUUAAUAGCUCUACUAUCGUAUCGAGUAUAGAGUUUGACAAAGAUAACGAAUUCUUUGCUAUUGCUGGUGUCACAAAACGCAUCAAAGUGUUUGAUUACGGAGUAGCGGUACGAGAUAGUGUUGACAUUCAUUAUCCGUGCGCUGAAAUGAUAUGUAGUUCAAAGAUAUCGUGCGUCUCGUGGAAUUCCUAUCAUAAAGGAAUGUUGGCUUCUGCUGAUUACGAGGGAACAGUCACUGUAUGGGAUACUAUAACUGGUCAACGUACCAAAAUAUUUCAAGAACAUGAGAAACGUUGCUGGUCCGUCGACUUCAACGAUGUUGACACAAGGCUGAUAGCUUCAGGAUCGGAUGAUGCGAGGGUGAAAUUAUGGUCCCUCAACAGUGACCACUCUGUAGCUUCACUCGAGGCUAAGGCAAAUAUUUGUUCUGUUAAAUUUAAUCCAGAAAGCUCUUGUCAUUUAGCGUUUGGAUCAGCGGAUCAUUGUGUGCAUUAUUAUGAUUUGCGUAACCUGAAGGAAGCGAUAUGUGUAUUUAAAGGCCACCGCAAAGCUGUGUCCUAUGUUAAAUUCAUAAACAAAGAAGAAAUUGUUUCUGCAAGUACAGAUUCUCAGUUGAAAAUGUGGAACAUCAAUAGUCCUCACUGUGUUAGGACUUUUGUGGGUCACGUAAAUGAGAAGAACUUCAUCGGCCUAGCAACAGACGGUGAAUACAUUGCGUGUGGGUCAGAAAAUAAUGCACUGUAUAUUUAUUACAAGGGAUUAACGAAACAACUGUUCUCAAAUAAGUUUAAUGCUGCAAGAAGUGUUUUAGAGAUGCAAGAAAAAAAGGAGGAAGAACUUAAUGAAUUUGUAUCAGCUGUCUGUUGGAGAAAAAGGUCUAAUGUUUUAGUAGCAGCUAAUUCUCAGGGUAUUAUUAAAAUUUUGGAACUUAUUUGAACAUAAUUCAAAGAAAUGAAAGAUUGAAAGUAAUUACUUGACGCAUUUUUAUGGAUCAAAUCAGUAAAACAUUGCUAAUAAAGUAAAUGGAAUGAAACGGAAAUGUACUGCAGGAUCAUUAAACUGCAUGCCAGUGAUGUUUUUUAUCUGGAAGCUGUAUGAUUUGAUCCAACAAAAAAUGUUGCACAUGUGUAAUUGUACCACAUGUACCUAUUGUAUAUAUGUAUAGGAUUUCCGAAUGUAUUUUAUAUUUUAUUUGAUAUUUGUGAUGAAUUUUGUGCACUUUUUAUCCUGGCAUGAAUUAUCCACACUUAUAAUGUACUGACGAUUUUACAUCCUUAGCGAAUCGACUUCAAGUCUUAUUAGCACGCACAAUAAUUGUAUUACUGGUCUUGGAUAACCAUGGAUAAAUUAUCAUUACAGAAUUAGAAUAUUGCUAUAACAUUAAUAAAUUUACUUUACCGGGUACCUAAUAAUUAUCUACAUAUUUAACAUAUUCUUCAAUACUAGAAUGCCACCAGUUGUUAUUUUAAAAGUUAUCAUAAAUGAUUCUAAUGAACGAAAAAAGUAUUCAAUACUGAGGUUCAUGGAAAGUCACCGAUAUCUCUGUGAAAAGAUCAUUUAAACUGAUUUAAAUGAUUAAAAAUCAUGUUCCAAUUCCAAAAAGUUAUAUUACUACUAAAAGGAUAUUUUAUUGUAAAAUAAUUGCAUAAUCCUUCAAACCCAGUUUAAUAAUAAUGCCGAGCCGUACGGCUAUGUAAAUAUAAGCUUUACCUUCGCAUGCUCAAUUUUAGGGAAUUUAUAAAUGGGUCAGAUUUACGUGUUCGAAAACACGAUAUGACUAUUAGGAAUUGAUAUACAUUUAAUAGGUAUAGUUGUAAUAUUGCUAUAUGAGUAAAUAUAAUUUUGUCAAACAAGUUUUGCCAAGAAUUAAGUUCGUCCAACUUUGAGCCUGGUGAACAAAUGACUAAUUAAUAAUAGCAAUAAAACAGGUCGUUGCAAAUUUUGUGCCAAUAUAUACAUAUUUGAAUAAAAUUUCAGGCUUUGUAAAGAAUAUCAAUGUUCCGUAAUGUGAUAUAUAGUAGUAGUUAAUUGUUGUUCUUUUUCCGAGUAGCUAGUUGCAAUAAACAGAAAUAUUAUAAGUGUAUAAUUGGACAAUUAUCGUGAAGUAAAUUGCUCUGUGGAAACAAAGAUUAAAUAAAUACUGUACUUAUAUCUACAGACAUUCUAAAUAUGAAACAGAUAAUUGAAAAACAGUAUAUUUUUAGACUGUAUUUUAAACAAAUAAAAAUUGUAUCAUAUUUGAUGGAUCAAUUGGUAUCCAAGAAACAUAGAAAUUUCCAAUUCAUGUCUAUAUAUAUUUUCAAAUAUACCUGAAAAUGUUGUAAAAUUAGAAUUCUCAAAACUACAAGUUGCCGGAUAGAAUUGUCUAUUAAAUGCUCAAAUUUAGAUGCUGUUCUUCCUUUCAUCAUAUUCAAUUUUUCUGCAAAGUUUAAAUUCAUGUGUUCAUAGUUGUAUGUCGACAUCAACAGUGUAGUCAUCUUUCUGUGCUACCGUGGUAAUAUUAUUGUAAUAACAAAAAAUUGAUCAAAAGUGUAAAGUUCAUUAUUGUUCUAUUACUUGAUUUUGAUGUACUCCAUUUGUUGUCAGAUAGUGUAUUUUCGAUAUGUGUACAAUGCAAACCAUCAGCACUCAAUAAUACGUAUUUUAUAGGCUCCGUUUCAACAGUUUAUUAGGAAACUAUAAUAUCGAUCAUAGUCAAGCCCUCACUCAUAUUUUCUAAAAUACGUACUAUCUUUAUUCCUGUAUAAUCGAAAAAUUUGCUGCAUUUUUCUAAUUAGCUUUCACAUUCAGGUUUAUCAUGUCACAAGUUUGUUAUGCGAAUAUAUUGGAGCACAACUUUUUACUUGUACAUAGAUUUUGCGAUGUGAGAUUUUCUUAACAUUGUUUUCCACUCAUCUUUUCUCUUUGUAUUCAUUCAAUCAUAUUUUUGAAAUGUUAUUCAUUUGCUAAAUACAUCAAAAUCAAACUAUUUUUAAUUAAAUUGCUAAUGAAUGUUGUAUAGUGAAAACAGUGUUUAUUUAUUUAUGUAAAAAGAGAUGAAUAAAACUAAACGAACCUGAUAUAAAUCGAUGAUAUGGUAGUUACAUUCAGUGUAAUAUAGUUUGUUACCUUGAUAUUGUUCAGUCAUUUAUUGUAACACCUAUUGUCAUGUGUUUUUAAAAUAUGAAUUGUUUUCGUUUCAUUUAAUAAUUAGAAUACAGAUUUAAAUUAUUCGCAUGUGAGAUCAGUUAUCAAACCUUUGAUUACGAUCGAGCAGUCCCGAGUUCUCAAACUUUUUCAUACGCGUCAUAACAAUUUCCAUAUUCCACUUAUAAUUACUAUGACAUACAAUU